AUGAUUUCGCCCCCCUCCCCCCUGGACAGAGUGAACGACAGCAUCCUCUUUGUGAACGAUGUGGACGUACGGGAGGUGACCCACAGCACAGCGGUGGAGGCGCUGAAGGAGGCCGGCUCCAUCGUGCGACUCUACGUCAUGCGCAGGAAACCGCUGGCGGAGAAGGUGAUGGAGAUUAAGCUGAUCAAAGGCCCUAAAGGGUUGGGCUUCAGCAUUGCGGGUGGUGUUGGAAACCAGCACAUCCCUGGGGACAACAGUAUCUACGUCACCAAAAUCAUUGAGGGCGGGGCGGCCCACAAGGACGCGCGGCUGCAGAUCGGGGACAAAAUCUUAGCG